UUCGCAAAUUGACCGUUCGGAGGGACCUGUUCACUUGUCCUUCAAUGCUGGGUCUUUGCAUCCACCAUCCCAUUACUUCUUUUCUGUGUAAACUUUUAAAGAUAGUAAAACCAGCCUGAAUCAGCAAAAGCCCCCGUCUUCAAGAGCAUAACUUCGCAUAACAUCUGAAUAUCUUCGGUUGGAAAAAAGAAGAUGGAAAAUCGAGGGCGAAAUAGCAAGAGAUUGGUCCUGGUCCCAGGGCCAUUCCAGGGCCACCUCACUCCCAUGCUUCAGCUGGCGACCAUCCUCAAGUCCAGGGGCUUCUCCAUCACAAUUGCUCAUACACAGUUCAACAGUCCAGAUUCUUCGGCUCACCCCGAUUUCGCUUUCUUAUGCAUACCGGAUGGCUUGUCCGAACAAGAGGUUCGGAACCCUGAUCUGGCAGCCAUCGUGCUGAGGCUUAAUGAUAACUGUAAGUCCAGUUUUAGGGAGUGCCUAAGUCAGGGCACAAACCAUACAGAGCCGGGUGAGAAGAUCUGCUGCAUCAUCUACGAUGCACUCGUGUACUUCUCCGAAGCCGCUGCCCGCGAUUUGAAGAUUCCUAGCAUUGCUUUAUAUACGAGCAGUGCUGCUACUACCAUAGUUCGCCCGAUUCUUCACGAGUUAAAGGCACAAGGUCACAUCCCUGUCCCAGAUUCCAUGUUGCAGGUUCCGGUGCCCCUGCAUCAGCCCCUCAGGUUCGGUGACCUACCAACCUUCAAUUUUGGAAGUUUAGACUAUUUCUUCGAGGUGGUAGCCUUGGCAUAUAAUCUCAGACCGUCUUCGGCCGUUAUACUCAACACAGUUCACUGCCUCGAAGAGUCACCUCUGGCACAGCUCAACCGAAAGUACCAAGUUCCGAUUUUUCCAGUUGGCCCUCUACACAAAUUCGCUCCUACCUCAGCUGCCAGCUUACUGCAAGAGGAUACUGGUUGCAUUCCAUGGCUUGACAAGCAGACUCAUAAUUCAGUCAUUUAUGUGAGUUUGGGAAGCGUAGCACAUAUGAGCCAAGACCAACUGUCUGAAAUGGCUUGGGGUUUGGCAAAUAGCAAGGAGCCUUUCUUGUGGGUUAUUAGGCCUGGCUCAAUUCCAGGUUUGGAAUGGAUUGAGUCAAUGGAUGAAGAAUUCAAAGAAUGUGUUAAGGACAGGGGAUGCAUUGUGAAAUGGGCACCUCAGAAGAAAGUACUGGCUCAUGAGGCGGUGGGAGGAUUUUGGAGCCACUGUGGAUGGAACUCCACCUUGGAGAGUAUAUGUGAAGGUGUUCCAAUGAUAUGUCAACCAUGUUUUGGGGACCAAAAGGUGAAUGCAAGGUACUUGACUCAUGAAUGGAGGGUAGGAUUAGAACUGGAGGGUGAGAUAGAGAGAGGGACAGUAGAAAGAGCUAUUAGAACAUUGAUGAAGGAAAAGGAAGGUGAAGAGAUGAGGCAGAGUGUCUUGGAUUUGAAGAACAAGGUUGAUUUUAGUGUAGGUGAUGCCGGAUCUUCUUGCCAUUAUCUGAGCGAGCUAGUCAAGUUGCUGACAUCGCUCUAGCAGGACAGAGUCGUUUGCUACUAAAGCACUGCACAGAAUGAAGUAUGUGUACUGCAGAAAGUGCAGAUUCGGUCUUCUGGCGUUGAAGAACAGAACAGAACAGAUAUAUACUUAGAUGCAAUGAUGAAAUCUGUUGGCUUGUCAUAUGCAAGUUUGUGUUGAAGCAAUCUUUGUUUUCUUUCUAACCAGCGGAGCUGAUCUGAAUGGCUCGAAUUCACUA